CGCGCGCUCGAGGGCCCGACCCGCCCCAGCCUCCGGACUUGUCGCACCCGCCCCGCCUCUCUCUUUGAAAUAGCGGGCCGGGUGACGCUUCUUUGGCGCGUGCGCAUACGUAAACACAGAUUAGCGGUGAAGCAUGCGUAAUUGAGAUAAAGGCUCUUUUAAAAAAAAAAAAAUGGUUUCAAAGACCCAGGCUCUGCGCAUGCGUCUGUUUGCUGAAGCCUAUCCUCUGGGCCCAGGAUCUCUUCGUGCACAUGCGCAGAAGACUCAAUGACAGUCGCGCGUCGGCUAAGGCUCUGGGAAAGGGGGCUGGCCAUGUUGCAUGUGACCUGGGGGUCCAAGGUCCGAGUAUGGUCCCUGGUGCCUGCUCUUCUUGGGACUCCCCGGGCUCUGUCGUCCCUGGCGAACAAGAUGGGGGUGUACCGAAAGAUGUGGAACCCCACGGAGCCCCGCGACUGGGCCCAGCAGUACCGCGAGCGCUUCAUUCCAUUCUCCAAGGAGCAGCUGCUCCGCCUCCUGAUACAGGAGUUCCACUCUAGCCCAGCAGAGAGAGCGGAUUUGGAGGCAUUCUCAACUCACGUGGACUUCUGUACCCUGUUUCACUACCAUCAACUCCUGGCCAGGCUGCAGGCCUUGUAUGACCCCAUCAACCCUGACAGGGAGACCCUGGACCAGCCAUCCCUUUCUGAUCCCCAGCGUCUGUCCAGUGAGAAGGAUGUGCUCCAGGCUCUGAAGCCCCUGCUGGCCCAGGCCAACUUCUCUGCACUCUCUGAAGAUGCCCUGGCCUACGCACUUGUCGUCCAUCACCCUCAGGAUGAGGUCCAGGUGACAAUAAAUUUGGAUCAGUAUAUCUACAUGCAGUUCUGGGCCUUGGGGCAGAGAGUUGGGCAGAUGCCCCACAUGUCCAGUGUGGGCUCCAAACGUGGCUUCUUCAGAAAGUUGCCCCCUGUGGAGAGGAGAUAUUUCAAGCGUGUGGUGCUGGCAGCGCGUACUAAACGAGGGCACCUGGUUCUGAAGAGCUUCAAGGAUACCCCGCUGGAGGGCUUAGAGCAGCUGCUGCCGGAACUGAAGGUGCGCACGCCCAUGCUGCAGCGCGCCAUGCUCAACCUGAUGCUGGUGGUCUCGGGAGUUGUGUUCUUCGUCAAUGUGGGCAUGGUGAUACUGUCUGACCUCAAGAUGGCCACCUCCCUGCUGCUACUGCUCUUUGCUGCCUUCAUGGGCCUGAGGGCCUCCAAGGUGUUUGGGCAGCGUAGAAGUGCGCAGGCGCUGGAGCUGGCGCACAUGCUGUACUACCGCAGCACAUCCAACAACUCGGAACUGCUCAGUGCCCUGGCGCUGCGCGCACAGGAGGAGCACAUCAAGGAGGCCCUGCUGGCUCGCAGCUUUCUAGCCCGCUGCCCAGGGGGCGCCCAAGGCCUCCCUGAAGAGACCUCCAAGUGGCUACAGUCUGAAGUGGAGAGCUGGCUUCUAGCCCAGUCCGGCUGUGAUGUGGCCUUCAAUGGAUCUCGGGCCCUAGCCCACCUACAAGCCCUGACUCCUAGCUUGGGCUUGUUCCCACCACCUGAGUUGCCACAACUUGACCCACGGGUCCUAGACACUCCAGAGGCCCCGCAGGCUGCUGCGCCCGGUGGUAGCUACCCCUCAUCCUGACCACUUAAUCACGUCCGGUACUGGCAGGGUGCCAAGCUCCGCCUCCUCCAUAGCAAGGUGUCAAUCGCGGCAACUGUAUCUCCUGCCCGGACUCUUGGUUGUCUACAAGGCCAUUAUUUCUCCUAAGUCAUUAGUUUUGCUAUGCUAUGCACUUAAAGAGUAGUCAGUCAGGGCUGCUGGCAGUUGCUAAGCAGCCUCCUGAGGCCAGCCAAUCAAAGUCAUGUAUCUCAGCUUGUAUUUUAUUUCUCGGCCCCGCCCCUGACGGGAACCUCACCCAGGCCGGGUGGAGGGGGCGGAGUUUGGGGAGGUUUGACACAGCUGCUGGAUUGCAGCUGCUGGAGUUGGCCACUGUGAGCCCGGCCGGGCUGUGAAAGCUGUGCCUGGAGGCCCUGCUUCAUCUUCCGUUUAGUCUGCACAGGACUGGUUGCCACACGCACCUGGGCGGGGCCCACUGCAGCUGGCAAGCCAUUUGGUCCUGGCACAUGGAGGGUGCGUACACUGGGCACCUCAACCACGGGCAGCCAAUCAGAAUUCCUGGAGGAAUUCUGCGAAUCCAUGUGAGAUGAGCCAUCUGUUCUGCAGCUGAUCCGUCCUGGUUGAAGGCAAUGGGAACUGCCUGGCCCAAAGAAGACGGUGGGCCUGCAGCAUUCCACCUCAAGAUCACUCCAGCUCAGGCCCAACCAGCCCUUGCUGCAGAAGCCGCUUUGGUAUGGGUCUCCCUACUGUGCAAUAUUUAUCACUUUACCUUCUUCCAAAGGAAUAA